CGCGAAGUUGAACUCAGUGACUCCCUCCACUACCACCAUGUCCGGAGCGCGAGUAGCGAUACUAACAGUGAGCGAUACCGCCUCGGCGGAUGCGUCUGCGGACCGCUCCGGACCUACCAUCCAGAGUGUGCUCACGCAGAACGGAUUCGUGUGCAGGCACCUCGUCAUCGUGCCCGACGACGAGAUCAGCAUCCGCACCGUUGUGCUCGGCUGGUGCGACUCGGGUGAUAUCGACUGGAUCGUGACCACCGGCGGUACUGGUUUCGGCGUGCGCGACAGGACUCCGGAGGCGAUCAAGCCGCUCCUCGAGCGCGAAGCCUCCGGGCUCGUGCAACUCAUGCUCGCCGCGUCUCUACAGGCAACGCCGCUCGCCGCGCUCUCGCGCCCCGUCGCGGGCACGAUCCGCCGCACGCUCGUCGUCACGCUCCCGGGGAGUGUCAAGGCCGUGCAGGAGAACCUCGCCGCGCUCCUCGGCGUCGUCCCGCACGCGCUUGAGCUCGUCCGGGGCGGCUCGGGGGGCGCCGUGCAUGCCGCGCUCGCCGCGGAGGGCGUGCGCAUGCCGCAGGCGUCGCCGGCACAGGGCCCGGUGGGGCUGCCAGAGGCGUCGGUCAGCGGCGCCAGCUCUGCCUCCGGUGGUGGAGGUGCGCACCAUCACCACCACCACCCACAUGGACAUGACCACCAGGUGCCACAGCCGAGGAGUGUGCUAUCUCAGGAUCCGGCGCUGCCCGCCCACACGCGCGCCCGAGAAUCGCCAUACCCGCUCGUCUCUGUCGCGGAAGCAUAUCUGACAAUCCUGCGAGAGGUCCGGCCGCUGUCAGUCUUGGAGGAAGCCGUGACGCCGAGGCUGCGAGGCCAUGUCAUCGCAGAGGACGUUGUCUCACCCAUCAACGUGCCCUCGACGUACAGCACAAACGUCGAUGGAUAUGCCUUACGUUCCACUGACCCCCCGGGGAUUUAUAGGGUGCUCGACCACCGCACGCACCCACUCGCUACACCGCUCCCCCCUGGCUACGUCUUCCGCAUCAACACCGGCGGACCACUCCCCGCGGGCACCGACGCCGUCAUUAUGGUCGAAGACACACGUCUGCACACCACACAGCGUACGCCCACAGGCGAGGAGUACGAGGAGGCGGAGAUCGAGACGCUCGCACAGGUGCCGCGCGGGGAGAACGUGCGCGAACCCGGGUCGGACGUGCGCCAGGGCGACCUCGUGCUCGAGCGCGGGACGGUCGUGAGCAGCGCUGGGGGCGAGAUCGGCACGCUUGCGUUUGUUGGGCGCGCGAAUGUGCAGGUGGUGCGGCGGCCGGUCGUGGCGUUGUUGAGCACGGGGAACGAGUUGCUGGACUUGCAGUCGCCGACGUCGCUCCCGAGCCAUGGGUGGGGCGGGAUCUGGGACACGAACCGGCCGUCUUUGCAGGCGGCCAUUGAGGGCCUGGGAUACGAGGUCGUUGACCUCGGGAUCGUCCCUGAUAGCCUGGAAGCGCACAUUGAUGUGUUACGCACUGGCAUCGAGUCCGCCGACAUCGUACUGACCACCGGGGGCACCUCGAUGGGCGUUGGGGACCUGCUCAAGCCCGUCAUCGAGCACCACCUCGGCGGGACGAUACACUUCGGGCGUGUAAGGGUAAAGCCUGGCAAACCGACGACGUUUGCAACUGUGCCGACCCCGGGCGGGCGGAACGAGCGCAUCCCGCUCUUCGCACUCCCGGGCAACCCGGCCAGCGCCCUCGUCAUGUUCCAUGUGUUCGUUGUCCCGGCGCUGAGGAAACUUGGGGGAUGGCCAGAGCCGAAGUGCAGGUUGCCUAGCGUGAGGGUUCAGAUUCAAGAAUCUAUGCGCCUUGAUCCGCGCCCAGAGUACCAUCGCGCGAUUAUCAAAGCCGAUCCAGUAGGAUUCAAGGCAUACAGCACAGGUGGCCAGCGGUCCAGCAGAGUUGGGAGUCUGAAAGGUGCGAACGGUUUGAUCGCACUACCGGGCAGAGGAGAGAGAGGGCCGAGCAAGCUCGAGAUCGGGGACUUUGUCGAGGCGAUCUUGAUAGGAGAGGUACUGAUGGAGUAGGGGAAAUGACGAGACAAAAGGAAAUUAGCAGUACACUACCAUGUUGUACAACAUACGAGGGAUUGGGUCGGAGGUCUCGAUGCUCAUUUCCUCAUCACAUUCAGUUCCAUAGCAUCGACUUCAGCUUGCAGUGCAGCCGCUUCAUCCUCGAGCUUCUGCCGUUGUCGGGACAGCAUCUGCAUCCGGCGAACAUCAAGCUUGUUCAUGCCGGUCGUGUUGGCCGCGGCUCUCGAUGUUGGGCGCCCCUGCGACGCUUCCGCCUUGGCUUGCAGCAUGUUCUCUCUCUUCAGCAGCACCUGCAGCCCUUUCUCGGCUCGCGAAAGGAGCUCGUUGAUUUGCGGCUCGAUUUCAUCCGUCAGGUCGGCCUUGUAACGACGUACGGUGCUCUCGUCAACGAGCAGGAAUACCCGCUCGCUAUCGAGAACGUGACUGAUACGCGGAAGGUCGUAUGUGCCCUGUCGUAUCAGUUCCUGUGCUGAAUGUGCCUCCUCGCAGCAAUCCUCCAUGGCGAGCACGCAUUCCUGGAGGUACGGACUGCAUGUUGCAUUCGUGUCGACCGUGCGGUACAGGUCGGGGUUCCCGGGAAAGAUGGAGUCCC